CAGGCAUAGACGUAGCUAGCGAUAGCCUCUCCCCCCUAACUAGCAAACCCUACCUAAUUAUACCCAUACAAUCAUGUAUUCCCACAAUUUGUAUUAUGGCAAUUGGAGAUCGGAAACUAAGAAUUGAUGUUCGUAACUAUAGCGAGCUGUAGAAUUUAGAAAGUCGGAGUUGAAGAGUCUAGUCCGAGUCCGAUUAAUUCUCUCUACCUUUACCCUCGAAUCCUACUAUCACACGAGUAUCGCGGACGACGCCGAGCAUUCUUAAAUGUCCUAGAACCGAACGAUCAUUCAGCAGUAUUACAUGCGAUCUGCUUUUAUUGAACGAUUGAGGAACAUAGAAGGAGAGACUUUAGAAGAGACGGGAUAUAAUUCACUUGCGCGCAAGACACGGGGAACAUUGCUUAAUCGUGCUUCUUUCUACCUUACGAAUAUUUCGCAAGUACUUAGACGUCGAGGAUCGUGAUUAUUAUCAUUUAUCCUCUUGUCAGUCUAUCGCCUAGCCAAAAUGGAUGCUUCUUCACCGUUAGCCGCUAUGCAUCAUGCUCCAGCGGGAUCUUGGGGUCCUCGCUGUAUGUCCUCUCGUAACCCUUUCGGAGGUAACAUGGGUAUCCGUGAGCAAUUGCAGCGAUCGAGGCCGGAUUACUUCAACAUUAAGUCUGUUCGAGGUUCAUCUCCGGCUGCAAGUCUUGCUGCAGAUCUCUCGCAAAAUUUCAGAAUUGAUAGUGAGGACAGCCCUCGCUUUCCGACACCGCGCAGAGCUCUAUUCACUUCCAAUAUGAUGGAGGCUAUAGAGAAUCGUGGUUAUGUCACAACGCCGCCUUUGCCGGCCACAUCGUCUCCUGCGCCGUUAGAAGACAUGAUGGAUAUCUCUCCGCUACCCCAGAAGGAUGCUUUCUACAGCUCCAUCGAGAUAACGUCUCCUACCCCUCUGGGACACCCUUGCGAUGAUGAGAUGAUGGUUGAGUCUCCUAUUGUGAUGACUCGCCAAUCCUCCAUGGGCCUUGAGCCGCCGAAGAUGUUGUGGGACAACCGCAACAAGCGAUCGGGGCUACGACGACCGUCGUUGAGUCGAGCUAAGGUUCACUCUACUAGUACCCUUCUUUCUUCGCGAUUACACCCAGAGAACCAAUUGUCUACUUUUCGCUUUGGUUCUGAAUCUCGACUAAUGGGUCCUACGUCUGCGGCCAUGUCUCCCGGCGAUUGCUUCGAAGACUCUCCCAUUCAAGAUCGACGACCACAAACGUCUCACAGCCCUUCUCCUACUAGUGCUACGGCAGCCCGACCGAAGCCUCAGUUUGCGAGUCUUACUGGGACUCGGGACAUUCGCACCGGCUCGCCGAUCCCUAGCCAUGUUCGUCGCUUGUCCAACCCGUUUGCCCGACCUCGUCGGCAAUAUCGCCGAUCGCUCAGCAUGUUUGAUAACCCGGGCGAUGUGAUGAAGGCUAACGAGGAACCCAUGCCUCAAAGCACUCUUCAAUCUGUAAUGGAUGUUGAAGAGACCCAGGACCCUGUAUUGCCUCAUUUCUUUCCCGAUGACGAGAGCGAUAACAUCCCCAGAAUUUCGAGGGACACCUUCCUUGAGGUGUUGGAUGGCAAGUUUAACGAGCAAUACACCCAGAAGAUGAUCAUCGACUGUCGAUUCGAAUACGAAUAUGAUGGUGGACACAUCGAGAAUGCUGUCAACUACAAUGACAAGGAGUUGCUUACACGACAGCUUUUCGAGAACCCCAUGGAUGGCAGAACGCUCCUCAUCUUCCACUGCGAGUAUUCCGCUUGCCGUGCUCCCAUGAUGGCCCGCCAUAUCCGCGCCUCCGACCGUACUGUCAACGCCGAGUACUACCCUCGACUUACAUACCCGGAAGUCUAUAUCCUGGAUGGCGGAUACAGCGAAUUCUUCAUUGAGCAUCGUGAGAGAUGCCACCCUCAAGCAUAUGUCGCAAUGGGCGCUGAAGAGCAUGCCAACACCUGCGAGCGCGAGUUGGGCAAGCUGCAGCAGAAGCGCAAGGGCUUAGGAAGAGCUAAGACAUUCGCAUUUGGCCACCGGGAUUCCAUGGUAGACGGUUCUCCUUGUGCUCCUGUCAGACGACAUGAGUACCAAUCUCCUACCAUGAUGAUUGGUAAUUCACCAAUUCUUGGCAAUAAUCGAUCGCCUGCACGCCGUAUGGCUUCUUACUAAACGUACCGGAGCCUUUUGAGACGAAACACGACCGAAAGUCACUAGUACCGGUCAUUUACUACCGCACACAAAGAUUUCGUUUCACAACAUUUAUAUCCGCCCUGGUUCUCUGAUUUCGUCGGCUGAUGCCGGCCUU